AUGCACUUUUCUCAGUUAAUCAAGUGCUUGCUACUAUUAGCCCUCUUGGUUUCCUGUCUCAUUGAAGUAGGAUGCCUUAGUUUUAGAUAUCCAAGUUUCGAAACUGAUAAUGAAACUGAUCUCAUUCGACACAAUUCUUACAUAGUUCUUAAUGCAAUUCAAGUCACACCUGAUGUUAGUGGAGGUCCUAUCACCAAUUUGUCUGGACGAGCCUUUUACAAAGAACCAUUCAGGCUAUGGGGCAAAAGCAAGCACACAGGUCGGAUCAGAGCAUCUUUCAAUUCCACCUUUGUACUUAAUAUUAGUCCUCGAACCGUUCCUGGAGGAGAAGGUAUGGCAUUUAUCCUUGCAGUAGAUUCCAAUCUCCCAGAAAAUAGCCAAGGCCAGUGGCUUGGGAUUGUAAAUGCAAAAACAAAUGGGACUUCUCAAGCCAAGAUAGUUGCAGUAGAAUUUGACACUGGGAAGAGCUAUCCUGGGGACGUUGACAGUAACCAUGCAGGCUUGGACGUGAACAGUAUUUCCUCGAUUAAACAAGUUCCUUUAGGUAUCUUUGGUAUUAAUCUUUCAGCAGGCGUUGAUGUAAUGGUACGGAUUCAAUAUGAAGAAGAAAAUUUGACUGUUUUCAUCGGAGAGGAUGCAAGGAAUCUUGUAUUUUCUGAGCCUAUUGAUCUAUCUGCCUAUCUUCCAAAGGAGGUUUUUGUGGGAUUUUCAGCUUCAACAAGCACUUACACAGAGCUGAACUGUGUAAAAUCUUGGGAGUUCUAUAGUUCAGAUAUAAAUGAGGAUCAUAGUCUGUUGUGGGUUAAAAUUGUGGUUCCUAUAGGGGCAGCUUUGUUGAUUGGUAUUGCCUUUUUCUCGUGUUGGAAAUGGAAAUCCAAAAAGAAUCGAUCAGACGACGCCUAUCCAAGCAUAGAAGAAGAGAUAAAAGGAUCCUCAAUGGCCCCUGUGAAGUUCACAUUUAAAGAACUUCAAAAAGCAACAGGCAAAUUCAAUUUGCAGAACAUGCUUGGGAAAGGUGGAUUUGGAACUGUCUAUAAGGGAAUCUUGAAAAAUAAGGAAGUAGCAGUCAAAAGAAUCUCCAGAGAGUCAACUCAGGGCAAGCAAGAAUUCAUAGCAGAAGUCACAACAAUUGGCAACUUCCAUCACAAGAAUCUUUUAAAACUAAUUGGAUGGUGCUACGAAAGAAGUGAAUUCCUCCUUGUGUACGAGUACAUGCCGAAUGGUAGCCUAGACAAGCUCAUUUUCAGUGAUGAGAGGGCAGAAGUACAAGAAAAUACAUUGAAUUGGGGAAGAAGGCUCACUAUAAUAUCUGGAGUGGCGCAGGCAUUGGAUUAUUUGCAUAACGGUUGUGAGAAAAGGGUACUUCACCGAGACAUAAAAACCAGCAAUAUAAUGUUGGAUUCAGAGUUCGAUGCAAAGCUAGGAGAUUUUGGGCUCGCUCGUAUUGUAAAGCAAAGAGAACAAACACACCACUCUACAAAAGAGCUUGCAGGCACAGUUGGUUAUAUGGCUCCUGAGUGUUUUUUCACUAGAAGGGCGACAACUGAAACAGAUGUUUAUGCCUUUGGUGUACUUGUUCUGGAAGUAGCCUGUGGAAGGAAGACUGGAAACCAAAAUGAGCAGAGUGACUAUAACAGUAGAAUUGUUUGUUGGGUGUGGGAGCUUCACAGGAUGGGAAGACUCCUUGAUGCAGCAGAUCAGAAAUUGAAUGGGGAAUUCGCAGAGGAAGAAAUGGAGUGUUUGCUUAUUCUGGGCCUCGCCUGCUGCAAUCCAAAUCCGGAACAAAGGCCCUCCAUGAAAACUGUAUUGCAGGUUCUUACAGGGGAAGCACCUGUUCCCGAGGUACCAGCUGAAAUGCCUGCUUUUGUGUGGCCAACCAUGCCAGCACCUGUAAAAGAGUCAGAUUGCCCUCUCACUGGAAGCCAACUAACUCCAUUUUCAGAAAUUAGAGGGAGAUGA